ACCUCUAGCCACGGUACUCUGGAGCCAAAUUGUCGCAAAAAGUUCCUACGCGUUCGCCUUGCCCUCUCGGCCCCAAUCAAGACGGAAUUCGAGCCGUGGACACGUGGGCCUUAUUUUCCCGUCAGCGCAAACUCCCUGCCUUGGAGGGACGGCGAAUCCCAUUCCAUCCUUCGCGCAUGUGCUACAGAUGCACCCACAUCUGCGCUAUCCUCACGAUCAGAAGACCUCGUCACCGUUGACACUCGGUCACCUGUUGCUAUGACAGCCUUCUCCGGCGCCCAUGACACACCGGCCAGGGCCGGUAAACACGGCCUCUCCGAGUCGUCUCCGCGAUGUUCGCACAGUAAGUCUAUUCUGGUUGUAUCCAUGACGCCGAGCCCUCUCCGGGCCACUAUAAAAGAGGUCCUCAGCCGCACCAGCGGGACUCGAAUCGUGAGUGUACCGGUUGGCGGGCAGAUGGACACAAUGGCAUCGUCCUGUCGAGGUUAG